UUGAAUAUCCUGAAGUUCCGAGAACCCGCCGAUCAUCAACCGUUCUGUGUUGAUCGAUGGAGAUAGCAUCCGUUCCGAUCAGUUCGUGUUCCAAACACAACCAAAAGAUCUACCAAGAAUGGUUCAACUACGCCGAUUCAGAUAACGAUGGACGCAUUACUGGAAAUGAUGCCACAAAGUUCUUCGCAAUGUCCAACCUUUCCCGUUCGGAACUCAAACAGGUUUGGGCUAUUGCAGAUUCCAAACGACAAGGAUUUCUUGGUUUCAGGGAGUUCAUCACUGCAAUGCAGCUGGUUUCUCUGGCGCAAGCAGGAAAUGAGAUUACUUCGGACAUCCUUAAAACUACAGUGGAUUUGGAGAAUUUAGAACCUCCAUCAAUGGAAGGUUUGAAUGCCUUACUAGCUAAAAAUAAGGUCUCAACAAAUAAUGGCGAGCUUGAAUUAAAUGGAGAUUCUAGGCCACAGCCAUCACCAUCAGCUCCUUGGUUCACCUCAAAAUCUGUAAAGAAAGCACCUCUUAAUUCCGUUACAUCAAUAAUAGAUGGCUUGAAGAGACUAUACAAUGAAAAGUUAAAGCCAUUGGAAGUCACCUACCGCUAUAAUGAUUUUGUUUCUCCCUUAUUGACACAUAGUGACUUUGAUGCCAAACCCAUGGUUAUGCUUUUGGGUCAGUAUUCAACUGGGAAAACUACAUUCAUAAAACAUUUACUCGGAUGUAAUUUCCCAGGAGCUCACAUUGGACCAGAGCCUACAACCGAUCGUUUUGUUGUUGUCAUGUCUGGACCUGAUGAAAGGAGCAUUCCUGGAAAUACCAUUGCAGUUAAUGCAGAGAUGCCAUUCAAUGGACUGACAACUUUUGGAGGGGCAUUUUUAUCAAAAUUUGAGUGUUCCCAGAUACCACAUUCUCUUCUAGAACACAUCACCUUUGUGGACACUCCAGUCCUAUCUGGAGAAAAGCAAAGAACACAAAGAAGCUAUGAUUUCACUGGUGUAAUAUCUUGGUUUGCAGCAAAAUGUGAUCUCAUUCUUCUUCUUUUUGAUCCCCACAAACUUGAUAUCAGUGAUGAAUUUAAGCGUGUGAUUGCAUCUCUACGUGGUAAUGAUGACAAGAUACGUGUAGUUUUGAACAAAGCUGAUCAAGUCGAUACACAACAACUAAUGAGGGUCUAUGGUGCAUUGAUGUGGUCACUUGGGAAAGUUUUGAAUACUCCCGAGGUUGUGCGAGUUUAUAUUGGUUCAUUCAAUGACAAGCCUGUGAAUGAAGCAGCCGUGGGUCCAAUAGGGAAGGAUCUUUUUGAGAAAGAGCAGGAUGAUCUUCUUGCAGACUUGAUAGAUAUUCCAAAAAAAGCUUGUGAUCGUCGGAUCAAUGAAUUUGUAAAACGAGCUAGAGCUGCCAAGAUUCAUGCCUAUAUAAUCAGUCACCUCAAAAAGGAGAUGCCUGCAAUGAUGGGCAAAGCUAAAGCACAACAGCGACUAACCGAUAAUCUUGAAGAUGAAUUUGCAAAGAUCCAAAGGGAGUUCCAUCUUCCAGCUGGUGACUUCCCAAAUGUGGAGCACUUUAGGGAGGUUCUGAACGGCUACAGCAUCGAUAAAUUUGAGAAGCUGAAGCCUAAAAUGAUACAAGCUGUGGAUGACAUGCUUGGCUAUGAUAUUCCGGAGCUCCUGAAGAAUUUCAGAAACCCGUAUGAAUAAACAUGUUGUUGCAGCUGAAUACACCACUAUAAGCUGGAAUAGUUUUCCACAACAUAUAUACAUAUAUAUAUAGCAGUUUUUAUGCUUUUAUACAUAUUUUUGUUUUCAUUGUCAUUAGACUUCCAAUUUCAAAUGUGUCAUCUGUGAGCAUUUGAAGAUCCUUUCUUGGACUUUUGCUAUUUGUAGAGGGACAGUUUUGCCAUUUUGACUGUUCCUAGUUGGAAAAGUUUUGUUAGGAUUGAUAAUAUUUGAUAUCAUACGUGGAUACAAUUCAAUUAUUAUUUAUAUUGUGUUUGGGUUAA